UCCACUUUCAGUGCCAACACAAUGAAGAAGCAAGUGGAGGUCAGGAUGGACGAGAGCCACCUGGAGCCCAUCGUGGAAAAUCAGGAGAGCGCGUGCAGCAGCUUCUGUGAUAAAGUCAUGAAGAACAUGGUUCUCACUCUCACCAUCCUCGGUGUGUUUCUGGGCUCCAUCGCUGGAAUGCUGCUGCGGCACAUAUCUCCUCUGCCGGCUGAUGUUAUCAUGAUCAUCGCCUUCCCGGGGGAGAUCCUCAUGAGGAUGCUGAAGAUGCUGAUUCUGCCUCUUGUUGUUUCCAGUCUGGUCACAGGACUCGCCGGUCUGGACGCAAAAUCCAGCGGUCGCUUAGGCACCAGGGCCAUGGUGUACUACAUGUCGACGACGGUGAUCGCAGCCGUCCUCGGAGUGAUCCUCGUGCUGCUCAUCCACCCCGGAAACCCCAAGCUAAAGGCUAAUCUCGGGCAGGGCAAGAAGAACGACGAUGUGUCCAGCGUGGACGCCUUCUUCGAUCUCAUCCGAAAUCUUUUCCCAGAGAACUUGGUGCAGGCCUGUUUCCAGCAGAUCCAAACAGUCACCACAAAAGUACCAGUGCCCACCAACAGGACCAAGGCACCCCCGCAGUUCACUGUGAAAAGGUCGCUGCAGUUCAAGAGUGGGAUGAAUGUCCUGGGUCUGAUUGGAUUCUUUGUUGCGUUCGGAGUCAUUAUGGGCAAAAUGGGAGAAAAGGCCAAGCUGAUGUUGGAGUUUUUCAACGUCCUGAAUGAGAUCGUUAUGAGGCUCGUUAGUGCGAUUAUGUGGUACUCCCCCGUCGGUAUCGCCUGCCUUAUCUGCGGAAAGAUCAUCUCCAUCGCUGAUCUGGAGGUGGUGGCGAGGCAGCUGGGGAUGUACAUGGUCACCGUCAUCGUGGGCCUCAUCAUCCACGGAGGCAUCUUCCUACCGCUGAUAUAUUUUGUGAUAGUUAAAGAAAACCCCUUCAAGUUCUUCAUGGGAAUAUUCCAGGCCUGGGUGACGGCGCUCGGAACAGCGUCCAGUGCCGGCACCCUGCCCGUCACGUUCCGGUGCUUGGAGGAGAACCUGGGCAUCGACAAGAGAGUGACGCGAUUCGUGCUCCCCGUGGGGGCCACCAUCAACAUGGACGGCACCGCGCUCUACGAGGCGGUGGCGGCCAUCUUCAUCGCUCAGAUGAAUGGGAUCCAGCUCGACUGGGGCCAGAUUAUCACCGUCAGUAUGACAGCCACCCUGGCCAGUGUCGGAGCAGCCAGUAUCCCCAGUGCCGGACUCGUGACCAUGCUCCUGAUCCUCACGGCGGUGGGGCUGCCCACUCAGGACAUCAGCCUCCUGGUGGCUGUCGACUGGCUGCUCGAUCGUUUCCGGACCUCGGUCAACGUGGUGGGAGACUCGUACGGAGCGGGCAUCGUCUACCACCUCAGCAAACACGAGCUGGACUCGUUUGAUGCCCAGCAGGCCCGGAUGGACGAAUUUGAGAUGGCAAAGACACAGUCCUUCUAUGAAAAUAACUCCAACCAGAAUGUAUACACUAACCACAACUCAAUCUUGAUAGACGACUGCAAGGUCACCAUGGGGAAAAAUGGCAAGACUACAGACUUCUCUCUUGUUGAGGAGGAACCAUGGAAAUGCCAGAAAUAA